AUGGCCGAGAAGAAAUUUGUUCCUGGUAGUUUAUCUGGAAGUAAAAUAGCAGGGAAUAAACCCCAAAGACCACAAACACAGCAAGCUGAACACACUACAUCGAAAUCGUCUCUGUACGCACCGGUAGCGUGGGUUCGACGAUUUAGUAUCGAGGAUAGUCUUAAAGUUGAUAAUGUGAAGUUAAUGCCAAGCACGGGACUCUGUUCAGUCGGCGCGACACUGAAGACACUAAAUGCAAUGGAAGUUGUGAGGAAAAUUAUCUUACAGCACUUACAAAGAUGUUCAACAGCCGCAUGUUGGCUGGGCUUCAUUGCCGCUGCACUAGCGGUCAUUGACGUCGAACUAACACAUCGCGUACAUUUGAGCGCUGAGAACUUCACCUCAAUAGAAUUGGAAAACCUAACUGUAAGCGAGGUUACAAGCGUGUUCACAAAAUGCAUUAUCUCUCUACUCACGCUCUUGAUGUGCAUCAAUGUUUACUUAACAUAUGCGAGUGUUUGCAAAUUUAAUAUUGCCAGAAAUCUUUUGCCGGAUUCCGCGACCGUUUUCAACUCAAAUUUGCUCAUCUAUUAUCUACUCGAAAAUGCUUUGUGUCUGUUUCACGUUCCGCCGUUGGCUGACCGUUACUUGGGCAUAUCUUAUAAACUACAAUUAUUUGUCCUAGUCAGGAUGUAUGUUAUUGCACGGUACAUGAAGGAACACAAUCAAUUCACGAGAAAUAAAACUUGUCUGUUCCUAGCGUCUGUGACGCGAACCGAGCUCACGAACAUGUUUUUAUUCAAGACGUUUUUGAAAAAGAUGCCGUUUCGCGUGAUUGUGACGGCCUAUUUGCUGAACAUCUUUCUUGGUGCGUAUGUUAUAUAUAUCGUUGAGGAGAAGGAUUCCUAUCUCGUAA